UUUUUUAUGGAUCCAUAGUUUGAAUUUGAGAAACAAUCUAAUAUUCAGAGGAAAAAAAGAAGAGCACUGUGAAAUGCAGGUAAGGUAAGCCAUUCCCGUUUGGCAUUUCCAUGUCCAUGCGUUCAAUCUCUUCCUCUCCUCCUCGUUCAGCUGCGAGCAUCGCCACCCUCUUGAAAGCCUGCAAGAGAACCGAACACCUUCAGCAAAUCCACGCCUGCAUCAUCCAAAGAGGCCUCGAGCAAGACCAAUUCCUCAUCUCCAAUUUCAUCUCCCUCGCCCACUCCCUCUCCACCAUCGCUUACUCAACCACCGUCUUCAGUCGCGUUCUCAGCCCCACCACCUUCCUCUGGAACACCCUCAUCAAAUCCCACUGCCAGAACAGUUACUUCCCCGCUACCCUCUCCGCUUUCGCUCGCAUGAAGGCAAAUGGGUCUGUUCCGGAUACCUACACAUACCCUUUGGUGAUCAAAGCGUGUUCUGCAAUGUGCAGGGGUUUGGAAGGAAAAUCGGUUCAUGGGUCGGCGCUGAGGUGUGGAUUGGAAGAGGAUGUGUUUGUGGGCACCAGUUUGAUCGACAUGUAUGGUAAAUGCGGGGAGAUUGGCGAUGCUCGUAAGGUGUUUGAUCGAAUGUCUGGGAGAAAUGUUGUUUCUUGGACGGCUAUGGUUGUUGGGUAUGUUGCUGCUGGGGAUGUUGUGGAGGCAAAGAAGCUGUUUGAUGGAAUGCCGCAGAGGAAUGUGGCUUCCUGGAACGCGAUGUUGUGUGGUUUUGUGAAGGAUGGAGACUUGAGCAGUGCUAGGGGGGUGUUUGAUGCUAUGCCUGAGAAGAAUGUGGUUUCUUUCACGACCAUGAUUGAUGGCUAUGCUAAGGCUGGUGAUAUGGCAGCUGCGAGGUUCUUGUUUGAGCAAGCUACGGAAAAGGAUGUUGUUGCCUGGUCUGCUUUGAUAUCAGGGUAUGUCCAGAAUGGCCAGCCUAAUCAGGCAUUGAAGGUCUUUCUUGAGAUGGAAUCAAAGAAUGUGAAGCCUGAUGAGUUCAUAUUGGUUAGCUUGAUGUCAGCUACAUCUCAGCUGGGCCACUUAGAACUGGCUCAAUGGGUUGAUUCUUACGUAAGCAAGAGCUCUAUUGAUCUUCAACAAGACCAUGUAAUCGCAGCACUUCUGGAUAUGAAUGCGAAGUGCGGGAACAUGGACAGGGCGUUAAAGUUGUUUAAAGAAAUGCCUAAACGAGAUCUAGUUUCAUAUUGUUCAAUGAUACAAGGGUUGUCAAUUCAUGGGUGUGGGGAAGAUGCUGUGAGGCUGUUUAAUAGUAUGCUGAUGGAAGGGCUAGUUCCUGAUGAGGUGGCCUUCACAAUCAUACUGACAGCUUGUAGUCAUUCUGGUCUUGUUGAUGAGGGUUGGAACUACUUCCAGUCCAUGAAGCAAAAAUACGGCAUUAGUCCUUCACCUGAUCACUUUGCUUGUAUGGUUGAUCUUCUGAGCCGGUCAGGUCACUUAGGGGAUGCUUAUGAACUCAUGAAGUCAAUGCAUGAACCUCAUGCUGGUGCCUGGGGUGCACUUCUUGGGGCAUGUAAACUCCAUGGUGAUUCAGAUUUAGGAGAGAUUGUUGCUAAUCAACUUUUUGAGCUUGAGCCUCAAAAUGCAGCUAACUACAUCCUGUUGUCUAACAUCUAUGCAGCAGCAGAGCGAUGGAUAGAUGUCUCCCUUGUGAGAAGUAGGAUGAGGGAGAGGAGCGUGCAGAAGAUACCCGGUUGCAGUAAACUUUAAUACAGGGCCGAGUUUAUUUUGGAAUUUAAAUAUUUCACAAUUCCAUGGAAAGUGAUGAGAAUUUUUUUCAGCAGUUGCUCUAUGGUUGUUAAGCUGUAGAUGGCGUUUGUGGAAUUAAGUUCAUUGGCGUUCUCACUUGCAUACGGCCAUGUAUCAAUCUGGUUUUGGGUCUUAAUUUUGAGAUACAGGUGAUACACCAACCUCACCGUUGCUCUGAAUUUUUCGGAAGUGGAAGUGUGAAAACAGACUGGUUGAUAUGCAAUUUUGGCUGCAAGGUCAGAUUUAAAGUGCAGUUGUCUGCAUGGCGGGAAAAAAGGAUUAUUGUUAAAUUGCAGUAGUCUGCUAGGCAGAGAACUAAUUUAUCAUUGAUUUGUUCUAUGGCCAAAAACUGUAACUGCCAUGGUUUUAAUCUAAGAUAAUUAUUAUUGCUGCACUUUUAUAAACCAUGUAGAUCAGAUGAAUACAAAUUGACAAUUAAAAUCCUGUUCAUAUUAGAUGCUUAAGUUGGCAAACGAAUGUCAAGUGAAAGGAAGAAUUUGGUUGACCUUUUAAUAUCAUUUUAUUGAGAGAGAAAAAAAAAGUUGGUUGGCAGGUGUACACUGUUCCUUUUCUUUUUUUGGCAAAGUAUCUCCAGCACAAUUUAUAGGAGAAUAUCUAGUUUUUAUAGUUUUUGCUGAGAUGAUAAUUUAUUAUUUAUAAACUAUAAAGAUGAGAAGAUGAAAAUUCAAGAUAUCAGUUUUCUGGUAUGUUAAUGCAGCGAAGCAAGUUGGCUACCCAAGUGAGACAUAGCAACAGCCUCAUGGAAAGCAGCUCCAAUGAGAAGAACCUCCUCAUCAGUUACAAAGAAAGGUGACAAGGUGAGUGAGUUUAUAUCCCUAAGCGUCUCAUUGUUUAUUCCAAUAACAAAAAAAGUCGCCGCCAUUUUCUGGGUUUAAAAGCUGAAGUCUUCUGCUGCCAUAAUUAUUGGAGAAAACUUGACAUUGUGCUUCCUAUGCAUAGCUUCUCCCACUCUCUUUGCAUUGUCAUAUAGGGCUUUGUCGUUGAUGGUUGGAGGAUACAGCAUCAUUCUAUCCUCCCUGAAGCCUAGCCUACCGUGGCAGUUCAUUGAUGCACCGCUGCUUGCAAUUCUAUGAUCUGUAAGUAAAUAGAUUAAUCAGAGUACUAUUAAACUAAGACAUUGUCAUGUUCAAAGAGAUACUGUCUAUAUCUACCUCUUUAAUUUCUUCGGAAUGUAGCAUUGCAUUUCUGAAGUGAAGCACCGAAAUGAUCUUCCAAAUGUUACAUUUCCUGCAUUUUUACUCUCCCCAAACCCCACCGAGAUGACCUGUGCAUAAAAUAGCAAUAUGCAUUUUAGUACAUUACAUCUUGGAACACAGAAUUAGGCUUAAAUAAGUUUUUGGUCCCUAACCUUUACUAAAUGCUUGGUUUUCGUCCCUCGCCGGAGCAAAGGUGGGUGUUUUAGUCCCUAACCUUUGUCAAAAGGUUUGGUUUUGGUCCCUCCGGAGCUCUGGGUCAACGCCGGAGCUCCGAUGGCCUAUGUGGCAUGACCACAUCAGAUUCAUAAGCUUAGGUGGAUUUUUUUUCCUUUUUCAUUUAAAUUCUAAAAAAAAUGAACUCAUAAUUAAAAUCCUUAAAUGCCUUCAUCCUAAUUAAAUCCUUCACCUAAUUCAUCUUCAUCUCCAUCUCCAUCAUCAUCUUCAUCUUCAAUUUCUUAACAACAAGACAUCCCAAUUCCAUCUCCAACAAAUACAGCUAGAACCAAACAACAAAAUCAAAUCAACAAGCUUAACCAUAACUCUCAAAUCCAGAUUUUGUUCUCUCUCUCCACCUCCACCUGUGAAUAUUCACUCUUCCUUCUCUAUUGUGGUUGUCCCUUUUGCAUCUCAUCUUCAUGUUCGUUUCAGAAUAAGAAACAACAAACAAAUAAGGUUCUGUUAAACCCAUCAAACAUCCCUUCACAGAGAAAAUCAAAUGUCAAUUUCAAAACCAAAAUGAUUAUGCAUUCUCUUGUUUCCACCGGCCACAAUUCGACUCCCUUCGCCGUCGCCGGUGAGGUCUGCGGCAUCAGGGGAUAGCAUCUCAGUGACGAUUCGGUUUCGAGCAUUGAGGAAAUGCUUAGAUCUGGGUGAAAGGGAGUAUCAGAGAGGGGAAGUUUUAUGAAGCUUAAAUCUGGGAUAAUGCUCUCAGAUCUAUGAAGUUUACGAGCUUAAACUGCUCAAAAUUUAAAAUUUUGGUUUCUUCAUUGGUAUAUUCAAGUUCCUGUUGUUUCUGGUGUUUUGCUUCCUGGGAUUUGCCUCUCUCUGUUAACAUAUUUCUUUGUUCUGGGUUUUUCAUGUGAAAAUUUGUGAUUUCUGAGAUAUAUUUGUAAGUAUUGUUACACCUAAUAAUCUUAAUUUACAUGGGUGAAUUUACAAUAUCAAACUUGGUUGUCUGAUUAAGAAA